AAAAAAGAGUUAUAGUCAAAGUCAUCGGCCAUAGAAAAGUGUUAGGUCACUGGAGGUCACUAGGCUUUUGCUAUGUAUCUUCAGUGUGUACCGGAGAGGAUGAAGUCAAAGUAAUUAAAAUGCUAUUAAACGAUAAAAAGUAUUGACGGGCCAAAAAGUCGUUGAAAUUAAAUUACUCAAUCUUUUCAAACUGGUUUGAUUUUUCUUCUCGAUGUAUGUAUCCAGGGCCAUUUUUAUAUGUUGUUCACUAAUUUGAUGAGGACUUGUUACAAAGUGGCCGAAUUGGUGCAAAUCCCCGGUUUGCGUCCUCCAAUUUUGAUACAUCUCAAUCAUUUUCAGUACAAGAACGCGCUCCGCAGGCCAAUUAAGAACACGAAUUCUGCCACAAUUAACUAUACAUACAAUCUGAUUGUUAAACAGUAUCUUUUGUAUCCAAAUCAAUCCUCAUAUUGCAUAAUAUUUUAUAUAUAUAUAUAUAUAUAUAUAUGUGUGGAUGUUUAAAUGGGUAUAUGUAUAUGUGAGCGUGAUAGAUAUAAAUAGGUAGGAUGACACGUGGAUACUCACGAUUGGAGACAGGGUAGCACUCUAGGCCAUUAUAAUAUAUGGUGCUACUGAAUUCAACAUUCAUCAUCUUUUCAUUCUUCUCCUCUCUUGCCUUCUCCACCGUUCUUAAUCAUUAAUUUUGGACUUUUCUGUAAAAUGAGCAUAUCUUCACCACCAGCACCAGCACCAUGUUCAGAAUCAUGGUCACCGUGUCCGUUUUCGGUUGAUGGGCCUGCGAUUCGGCGGUCUCUGACUCUGCGGUCUGCGCUUCCGCCGUCUCGGCCUCCAUCGUCUCCGGCCUCACCUCUGGAAAGGUUGGCGGGGCUAGUUGUGGGGUUCGGUGGAGGCGGUUUGAUAUGUGUGGUGGGAAUUGUUAUUUUGUUGUUGCAUUGGACGAGGAGGACAACAAUGAACACAGAAGAUAGAUUGGGGAAGCCUCAUGCAGAUGGAGAACCUCCCGUACAAUCCCAAUCAGGUGAAUCUUCAGCUAACCGAAUUCAACAAGUGCAAAAAGCUGUUCCUCGCCUAGGACUAAAUGCUUCAGUAUCUUCUUCAAUGAGUGUCAGCUACGCCUUUGAGAGACCACAUCCAGCUGGCAUCUUUACAUAUGAAGAGCUAGAGAUGGCAACAAAUGAUUUCUCCCCUGACAAUCUCCUUGGCCAAGGUGGUUUUGGAUUUGUCUACAAAGGCGUCCUUCCAAAUGGAACAGCGGUUGCUAUUAAGCAGCUAAAAGCUGGAAGUGUGCAGGGGGAACCCGAAUUUUGGGCUGAGGUUGAGGUCGUUGGUCGUGUCCAUCAUAGACAUCUUGUUUCACUGGUUGGUUACUGUGUUAGUAGCGACCAGAGGUUGCUUGUUUAUGAGUUUGUCCCAAACAACACGUUGGAAUUUCAACUGCAUGGAAAUGGGAGACCAACUAUGAACUGGCCAACCCGAAUGAAAAUAGCUCUAGGUUCUGCAAGAGGACUUGCAUAUCUACACGAGGACUGUCAGCCCAAAAUCAUACACCGUGAUAUUAAAGCAGCUAAUAUUCUUCUCGAGCAUAACUUUGAAGCAAAGGUUGCAGAUUUUGGACUUGCUAAGUUUUGUCCUGAUCCUGAUACUCAUGUUCUCACAAGGAUCAUGGGAACUGUUGGUUAUAUAGCUCCAGAAUUUGUGCGUACUGGAAAACUCACUUAUAAGUCAGAUGUAUACUCUUUUGGGGUUGUGCUUUUGGAGUUGAUUUCUGGACGCCGUGCAAUCAGUAAAGAUCAACCUAAUCAUAACAUCGUUAAUUGGGCCAGGGCCUUGCUUCCGCAAGCACUUGAAAAAAGCUACUUCAACGACCUGGUUGAUCCAAUGCUGCAGAAUGACUACAACCUAAGCGAAAUGGCUCGAAUGGUUGCUUGUGCUGUUGCUUGUGUGUGUCAUUCAGACCCGCAUAGACCACGAAUGGGUCAGAUAGUUAGAGCUUUGGAGGGAAAUAUUCCUUUAAGUGAUUUAUUUGAUGGAGUAACACCGGGUCAAAGCUCGAUCCAACAUGGAAUUGGAGGCAAUAGCCAAUACAAGGAAGAGUUGACAAAGUACCAAAAGUUGGCACCGAUAGAAAGCAUAGAUGAGCGCAGUGGGCCCUGCAAUGACUUGGGUCAGCAGUCAUGUAUUUUAGUCGAUGAAGGCGAACAAACUAGGCUAAUGGGCCUAAUGCCAACAAUUUCUCAGCCCAGUAGCUUUUUAGUCCCUCACUAGUACAGAAGUACAGAUGGACAAUAUCCAAUUCAAUCCGCUCAAUUCAAUUCAUUUUUAACGGUUUAUAUUGAAAUUUUAUAUAAAUUAGAUUUGAUUGGGUUUAAAAAUAUCAAAAAUUAUUUGGAUUGGAAUGGUUUAGAAUUGAAAAUUUAUACCAAACUCAACCCAAUCAAAUCCAAACAAUAUAUUAUAUAAUUAAAAAAUUAUAUAUUUUUUAUUAUUAUAUAUUAAUUUUUAAUAUUUUUUUUAUAAUAUCUCUUAAUGUUUAAUAUUUUUAUAAUAUAUCCCCAAUUUCCAAUUCCUUAUGAAGCCCUAAACAUGCUUGCCGCUGCCACCAUCAACCCUACCACCAAGUUCAUUCUCUGCUCUUCAAGACUCGACACCACUGCACAGUCCGCACCAGUUGUUGAAACUCGGCACCACCACCACCGCACCAAUUGCAU